AUGGACAGACGAUCUGACCCGAUUGCCAUUUGUGGCAUGGCUCUUCGCUUGCCUGGCGCGCUCAAAACACCCGCCCAAUUCUGGACAUUUCUCACUGAAAAGAAGGAUGCUCGUGCGCCCAUUCCUUUGGCGCGCUUCAACGCCGAAGCCUUUUAUUCCGCUUCUGGAAAAUCAGGCUACAUUAGCUCCAAAUAUGGCUACUUUCUAGAUGAAAGCGCUCAAGUGGGUGCUCUCGACACUUCGUUGUUCCGUAUGUCGCAACAGGAAUCGGAGCGCAUGGAUCCCCAGACAAAGAUCCUUCUCGAGCUUGCAAGAGAGUGCUUCGAAAGCGCUGGCGAGAUCGAAUGGCGCGGAAAAGACAUUGGGGCAUACGUCGGGUCAUUUGGAAACGACUGGUUAGAGAUGAGUACAAAGGACCCUUUGGACAAGAACAUGUACAAGGUCACUGGGCGCAGUGACUUUAUGCUUUCAAAUCGGAUAUCAUACGAGUACGACCUCAGGGGUCCAAGUAUGACUAUACGAACGGGAUGCUCUGCAUCACUUAUGGGAUUACAUGAGGCCUGUGUCGCGAUCCGAAAUGGAGACUGCAGUGCCGCUCUGGUGGGCGGCAGCAGCCUGUUAUGGAGUCCUGACACCAUGGCUGAUAUGUCCGAACAAGGUGUCACCUCAGCCAACGCGUCUUCUCGAUCUUUUGAUGCAGAUGCAGAUGGGUAUGGUCGUGCGGAAGGCGUCAACUUGAUUUAUAUCAAACCGCUAAGUGCUGCUAUCAAGCAUGGGAAUCCUAUCCGUGCUGUUAUUCGUGGAUCUGCUAUCAAUGCAGAUGGGAACACUGCGGGUUUGAGCAUGCCCAGCUCUUCCAGUCAAGAGGACAUGAUUCGCAGAGCAUAUCAGACUGCUGGGAUACCAGAGUCUGACAUUACGCGAACCGCAUUUGUUGAAUGCCAUGCAACGGGCACCUCCACGGGUGAUCCUAUCGAGGCUACAGCAGUGGCCAACGUGUUUGGAAACGGUGGUGUGUACAUCGGGUCCGUCAAGCCGAAUAUUGGCCAUUCCGAGGGUGCAUCGGGGAUAUCCUCUAUCAUUAAAGCAGUCCUGGCUUUGGAAAACCGCAUCAUACCGCCGAAUAUCAAGUUCGAAACUCCGAAUUCCAAGAUACCCUUCCUUGAGAAGGACCUCAAGGUUCCCACCGAUUGUGUCAACUGGCCCAAAGACAAACUAGAGAGGGUUUCUGUAAACAAUUUUGGAAUCGGCGGUGCAAAUGCUCAUUUCAUUCUCGAAUCUGCCGCAUCUUAUGGUGUAGCCGCAGGCAUAUCCGAAUCUGAGCGAGAGGGAUCUGGUCUCGACUCUCUACAGUUUGGCAAAUUGUUCCUCAUGACGGCAAACACAUCGGAAGCAUUAAAGAUGCAAUCACUGAGCCUUCGGGAAUAUGCAUUGUCCAAUCCAACGCAAGCCGAGCAUGGGUCCUACACACUAGCUUGCCGACGCGAGCAUUUCGCUCAUCGCGCCUUUUCUGUUGUCCAAGGAAUGUCUGUCGACUCACAUGUUGGUGUCUCUAUUGCAGGGGCCCCAUCGCCGCAGCUAAUUAUGAUAUUUACCGGGCAAGGCGCCCAUUGGGCUCGUAUGGGUAUUGAACUUUUACAGUCCAACGGUACAUUUGCCUCUUCGAUCAAAGAAAUGGACCGUGAGCUCAGAAAGCUACCAACACCGCCUAACUGGAGCAUUCAAGAAGAACUGGCCAAAGACGCAGACUCUAGUAACUUGGGCACAGCUGUCAUUUCUCAGCCGGUAUGUACUGCGGUUCAAGUAGCUCUAGUUGAUGCCCUAGCCAGUCUAGCGAUCAAACCACACACUGUGCUUGGCCAUUCUUCAGGAGAGAUAGCGGCAGCAUAUACGGCAAACAGGAUAUCACGUCGCGCGGCCAUAGUUCUCGCUUACUACCGGGGCCUCGUAUCGCAAGCUGCGACCAGCAGUGGUGCAAUGGCUGCAAUCGGUCUGAGCUGGAAUGAGGUGACUACAUUUCUUCAAGACGGUGUUGUCCUUGCAUGCAAUAAUUCACCUUCAAAUGUCACCAUUUCGGGUGACGAGGCAGCUGUACGCAACGUUGUAGAAGCUAUCCAGACCAGAAACCCUGAAGUGUUUGUGCGCAUGUUGAAAGUGAGUACUGCAUACCACUCACAUCAUAUGCUCAAUGCUGGGAAUGAGUACGAGGAAAUGGUGACAUCGUUUCUGGAAGGCGAAGUUCCUCAGAACAGUACUUCGGCAAACCCGGAGUUUUUCUCAACCGUAACCGGCCUGUCGUUGCCAGAUUCUGAGUGCAUUGACGCACAGUAUUUCCGUCGCAACCUCGAAUCACCUGUUCUUUUUCUUCAAGCUCUCAAUAGCCUUUUAACUGGGUCUGAAGAUGCUGCACGUCGGAAUCUUUGUUUUCUUGAAGUGGGACCUCACAGCACGCUCUCCGGGCCUCUUCGACAAAUCUUUCAACAGAAUUCUGUUGUUCAUCCAUACGCCUCAUGCCUCCAUAGGGAGAAAAAUGCAAAUGCAACAUACCUCGCGGCUUUAGGUACACUCUGGCAGCAUGGUUUGGAAUUCGAUCUCCACCGCCUGACAAACCCGCUUGGUACUGCAAAAGUACUUCCAGAUAUGCCAACGUAUCCUUGGUAUCGCGGCAAAGCACGUAUUGCUCAAAACCGCAUCAUCCAGGCCUGGCGAUAUCCCAAGUUCCCACAUCACGAGCUUUUGGGAUCCCCUGUAUUGGAGAACAACGAAGAUCAGCCUAGCUUUCGAAACUUACUUCAGCUGGAAAACGCUCCUUGGAUACGAGACCAUAAUGUUGAUGGUGAUGUAGUCUUUCCAGGUGCUGCAUACAUUGCCAUGGCUGGAGAGGCUUGUCGGAGACAAUCCUUGCAUGACCAGGACGACAAAUUUCUUGGAUUCAGUGUGAGGAACAUGGUCAUUGGCGUUGCACUCAUCCUGGAAGAAAACAUCCCAGUGGAGAUGGUGACAUCUUUAAGAAGAUGGCGCAUCACGGAUCAUUUAGAGAGUAGUGGAUGGGAGUUCACAAUCUCAUCAUUUUCAGGCACUACGUGGACAAAACACUGCACAGGCUCUGUCGAGGCAAUCCAUUCCUCACCCUCUUCACCAGCCGUGCCUGAAACUGCUUUUCCGCGAAGAGCCGACCCAAAAAAAUGGUACCAGGCGAUGUGGCACCUCGGGGCCAGAUAUGGGCCGUGCUUCCAAGGAUUGAAGAACCUUGAAUGUACGCCGAACAAGAACAGUGCCAAGGCUACAAUAUGCGAUAAGACUCCAGAUGCUUCUGAAUCGCACUAUCUGAUCCAUCCGACAACAAUUGAUGUGUUUUUCCAGACAAUGGCUGCAGCUGCAUGCAACGGGCAGGGACAUGCAAGCGACCGGAUGAGUGUGCCAACCUUUAUCAAGCGCAUAGAUGUCUAUGACUGCUCCGGUGACCUGCAAGUGCACACUUCAGCAAAAGUCCUAGCACAUGGUAAAUUCCAUGGCUGGGGUUGUGCCAUCGAUCAAGAUGGAGCGCUUGCGAUGAAGAUAGAUCAGAUCAAGCUCAUGUCUCUGGAUACAGCACUUGAGCUGGAUCUUCACGCUGGCGCUUUAAUGACUUGGUGUCUAGAGCCCAGCUUGACAGCUAUUUCAACUGUUCUGAAGCAUAAUACUGUGGCCGCCGAACGAUCACCGCUGUUGCAAGAGUACACUUUGUACCAUAUCCGACAAGCCUUGGAGAAUCUUCAAGGGAUCAAACCAGCAUCGGAUACGAUGGAAAGAUAUGUGGCUUGGAUGCAGCGGCAAAGCAUUCCAGAUAAAUUGCGAUCAAUAGAGACUAUCAAGUCCGAAGUCCAAUCGUUGUGGGACCCUUCACUUGUGGACGAGAUUAUGAGUAUUACCGACAACAUCGUCAAGUUGGUCUCGGAGGAAGUACCUGCAAUAGAUUUCCUUAUGGAUAAUGACUCUUUGCGAAAGAUAUAUGGGGAAGCGCAAUUAACCGAUCGAGGUCCAUAUCUGAAGCUUCUUGGACAUCGGAAACCGAACAUGCGCAUUCUUGAAAUUGGGGCUGGAACAGGAGGAACAACUCAAGAGUUCAUUUCAAACCUGGUCAAUGAUUCAGAUGGAGGUAAACUGUGGUCCAGUUACACGUAUACGGACAUCUCGGCAGGGUUCUUCAGUGCUGCCAAGGAAAGAUUCAAAGACCACACCCUAGAAUACAAGAUUUUGGACAUCACAAAGGAUCCUGCGACUCAAGGAUUUCAAAGUCAUGAUUACGACCUCAUCAUCGCGGUCAACGUCAUACAUGCUGUCCCUAACCUCCACCAAGCUCUAUGUAAUGUGCAUAGUCUAUUACGACAAGACGGCACAUUUUACCUUGAAGAACUUUGUCCGGAUGUGAAAUUCACAAACUUUAUCAUGGGUCUCCUUCCCGGAUGGUGGAUGGGUGAACAGGAUGGGCGGGUAGAUGAGCCAUAUGUCCAGCCUGACAGAUGGGAUAGGGAGCUUCGCACCGCAGGCUUCACUGGAGUAGCUGAUUACAUGCUAGAUGCUCCCCGUCCACACCAGGACAAUGCUAUCAUGAUAGCUUACCCCGCAGUCAAGGAAGCAUUGCCCAAGCCUGCCACAUUAGUUUUCGAUGAUUCCACGCAGCAAAUAGUUGAAGAUUUGAAAAUUGUGUUAUUACAAAAUGGCUAUUUCGAAAUAGUGGUCCAGCACUGGGACGCAGCAGAGUCAGUGGUACCAAAGGGUGACAUAAUCUGUCUACUCGACAUCGAUAAGCCUUUCUUCUUCGACAUUGAAGCUUCUUGUUUCGAUAAAUUUCGGGGCUGGCUGGCACAAGUCGCGGAAUUGAAGAGUGGCAUUCUCUGGCUGACUCGGAGCUCCCAGCUCAGUUGUGAGCACCCUCGAUGGGGUCAAACGCCUGGGGCCAUGCGCACCAUCAAGAGAGAUAUGGGAAUCGACAUAGCAAUCUGUGAGCUUGACCGGCUGACGAAUCUGAAUUUAAAAGCUGUGGCCCAGAUUGCGGAAAGGUUUUCUCGUCGCCACAUAUCAAGUCACCACUUGGAGCUGGAGUACUCAAUUGAGGAAGGAAAUAUAUACAUACCGCGAUUGUAUCCUUCGAACGUUAAUUCAGAGCUUUGCAAGCCUGAAAAAUCUGCGACUACUCUCCCUCCAACAGAUAAUGGCGAACUCAACCUAACACUGGGAACAGUGGGCAGGCUUGACACGCUCCAAUGGACCACGUGUUCUUACGAAAAACCACGAGAGAAUGAGGUUGCAAUUGAAAUAGUGGCUACAGGACUCAAUUUUAGGGAUUUGCUGACCGCUAUGGAUCUCAUCGAAGCACCGCGCCAGGUCCUCGGAUUGGAAGCGGCAGGAAUAGUUCAAGAGAUUGGAUUAGGGGUCGAACAUCUCGAAAAAGGGGAUCGUGUCGUGGUUGUCAGUGGCACAAGUUUGUUCAGGACAACCGCGAUCGUACCUAGUACCAGUUGCUGGAAACUACCCCACUCUCUUUCCUUUGAAGAGGCCGCAACCAUGCCAUGUGUUUUUAUGACAGCCAUACAUGGAUUGUUGGAGUAUGGCCAAAUGCACAGUGGUCAUACUGUUCUGAUUCACUCUGCAUGUGGUGGAGUUGGUCUUGCAGCCAUUCAACUGUGUCGCAUGGCCGGAGCAACGAUAUACUGCACAGUCAGUAACGAAGAGAAGAUCCAGUUCUUGGAGAAUGAUUUCAAGAUCCCGCGUGCUCAUAUAUUCAAUUCCCGCAACAGAUCCUUCGUGGAUGAUGUCAUGUGCGCUACCAAUGGUGCCGGAGUGGACCUUGUGCUCAACUCUCUUUCUGGUGAGCUUUUACACGCGUCCUGGGAAUGUGUAGCGGAGUUUGGCAAAAUGAUUGAGAUUGGGAAAAGAGAUUUGUUAGGCAACGGCCGCGUCUCUCUGAAUCCAUUUGUUCUGAAUCGCAGCUUUCAUGGCAUCGAUCUGGCUCAUCUUAUCGAAUCUCGACCGGCAGAGUGUCGAAGGCUUUUGGAAAGAACCAUGGCCCUUUACGAAGCAGGUCAUAUAAAACCAAUCUUCCCCGUGAAAACUUUCAAGGCAUCCGAAGUCGAGCAAUGCUUCAGGUACAUGCAACAGGGGCGACAUAUCGGCAAGAUUAUCCUAUCUGUAGGUGGUUCCACGCAUGAAGCAACCAGAUCAAAAGACCUAGUCACGACACAUAUCAAGCGCAGCCCUGCUUUCAACCCUCAAGCAUCUUACUUGCUUGCCGGUGGCCUUGGCGGGCUAGGUCGUAUCGUGGCCAAUUGGAUGGUCGAGAACGGCGCACGACACCUCAUAUUUCUUUCUCGAAAUGCAGGCGAAAGAGAUACCGACAAAGCAUUUUUUGAAGAACUUGAAUUCCAAGGGUGCAAAGUGACGGCCGUAAAAGGAAGCGUCGCUAUAGUCAAAGAUGUAGAGAGAGCUGUUGCUGCUGCAACUGCCCCACUGCGUGGUGUGAUGAACAUCUGCAUGCAAUUGCAAGAUAUGGGAUUCCACGAGAUGACCCACGAGGCAUGGAGCUCAGUGAACGAGUCGAAAAUCAACGGUACAUGGAACAUGCACAACAUUUGCUUGUCUAGAGAGAUAAGCCUUGACUUCUUCCUUCUGUUCAGCUCGAUCUCGGGUGUGAUUGGCAAUUUUGGCCAAGCAAACUAUGCAGCAGCGAACACAUUUCUGGACACAUUUGUGCUUUAUCGGCAUUCUCUGGGGUUGAAAGCUUCUGCUAUCGACAUUGGCAGCAUGCACGACCACGGAUAUGUCGCUGAAAAUCCGCUUAUAGCGGAGCGGUUGCAGUUGCUUGGGUCUUAUGGCAUCAGAAUACCACAACUCCUAGAUGCCAUCACGCUCGUCCUUAGCACCUCUAGAGUCAAGCCUGAGAAAGGCGCAUCGCGGACAUGUACGUCUGUGUUGGCUAUUGGUGUCCGUAGCAGUCUACCAUUAUCUGAUCCUGCAAACCGCGUGAUAUGGAAGGACGACCGGCGAAUGGCAUAUUACCACAACCUCGGCUUGGAUUUGAACGCAACUUCAGGUGCGACCUCUGACAGCGAUAAGCCCACUCAGGCCAUUAGAGCUUUCAUGAAGCAGGCUCUCGCCGAGCCAAAGAUCCUUGACCAGCCCGAUAGCCCAAUUUUCCUCGCGCGACAAAUAGCAAGAAAAAUCGCGCUCAUGCUUCUCCGACCGCUUGAUGAUAGGAAAGAUAGUGAGGUGGAUAUAUCGGGCCCGUUGCGGGAUUCUGGUAUAGAUAGCUUGGUCGCUAUGGAGAUGCGGAGAUGGUGGAAGACAACAUUUGGCUUCGACAUUACCAUGCUACAGAUGGUUGGAGCUGAGAACAUGAUGGCACUUGGUGAACGGGCUGUUGAAGGGUUGAGAACGAAGUAUGCAGAGGUUGAAGAGCAGCCCGUAGCAUCAGCACCUGCAGUAGCUGUAUCGGCUUGA